GCACCACAAGCAAUUGAGGCUGAGCCCAAGUUCAAACCAAUAACGAUAAAGCUUGUUCAGAAGAAGGAUAAUUCCUCGGUGUUGUACGCGGAAGUUAAACAAGACUUGGUUGAUCUUUUGUUUGGCCUCCUUUGCAUUCCUGUUGGGUCUAUAAUGAAGACUUAUAGUCGACUGUCACCAAAUAGAUGUCUUGAUAAUCUCUACAAAAGUGUAAAUGGAGCAGGAUGAGUAAAACAAGACUGCAGAAGCUUACUCCUAUCCCCAAAGCUGGCCCCUUUCUUUGGGUGCAGCAGUAAUGUGCUCCAAGUAGAAGAAUUACCUCGGAGAUGCCAUAACUUUCCAAGGUAUCUUUACGAGAUGAAUCCGAAAUCCCCCAAAAGAGGAGAUGAAGCUUCUUAUAGGGCUUAUGUCAAUGGAGGGUCCAUCAACUUCAUCGUGACUGAUGAUCUUCGUAUCGUCGAUUUCUCCCUGGCCAAGAGUCUCCAAGCCAUACAUGCAGCCAAGAUUCCCAAGGGCGAGCUUGUGGAGAAAGAGAUAACACUUGACAAAACCCAGGUUUUGAAGCUACUAAGAGCUUCACUGGAUACUCGCAAUGCCCUAAGCAGUGUGCUCUUGCCUCCAAUUCCAAAGAAGAGUGUCACCACCAGCGCCGCGACGACGUCAACUCCAGCCGCCAUGGCAUCAGUACCUCCCCAGCCGAGAAGGAGCCCGCGGCUCCGAAAGCCCAUUCAGCCAUCAGAGUGACCCACCUACCCAUAUCAUGCGAAAACGAAAGAUGCCAAGAAGAAGACAUUUCUGCGAACUAAGGAUUGUCCUGUGCAAACUUGCAAUCGCGUCUCAGUUGCUUGAAUGAAGCCACUGUCCUGCAGUUUACCCAGUUGCUUGAAAAAAUUCUGUUUCUUUUUUUCCGUUUUCCCUAAUUACUAGUAUCAUGUUUCGAGUGAUUGGAAACACUCACCUCUGUUAAAUUGGCAUUCAAAUGUUGAACGAUGUCGAGGGCAAAUCCUGUUCUGUGUUUUUUUUCUUGAGAAAAUCUCAUGAAGCUUUUAUUUAACUCAUCACAAUGUUUACAUGGAUGAAAGUAAGAU